CUUAAAACUCUCCGGCAACUGUGUUUGAACUCCGGCAAUGGACAAACAUAAGUGCAGGUUAUGUUUCAAAAGCUUUGCAAAUGGAAGAGCUUUGGGUGGUCAUAUGAGGUCUCACAUGUUCAAUCUUCCUCUUCCUCCCAAACUUGCAGACCAUGAACCAACGAAUCAACUCAUCCAUGAGUCCGAGUCGGCCUCGGCUUCGGCUUCUUAUUCGUCUUCAUCGGAAGAGGAAAAAGGUCAGUCUUACGGGGUUCGAGAGAAUCCCAAGAGAAGUGUUCGGUUGGUAGAUCCUGUGUUUGUCCAUGCUGCUGGCUCCGUUGUUCUUCAAGACAGAGAAAAAGAAACAUAUGAAUCACAAGAGCACUUCAAAUCAAGCAAGGUUAUUAGAACAAGUCGAGGCAAGUACAGGUGCGAAAAGUGCAAUAAAGUUUUUAAAUCGUACCAAGCACUGGGUGGACACAGAGCGAGUCACAAAAAAACGAAACCUUACUCGCCGGCAACUCAUGAAACAGUAUUGGAAACUGAAAAUAUGGGCACUACUAGUAGAUCAAUUACAGACAAGAAAAUCCACGAAUGUCCUGUUUGUUUCAGAGUCUUCUCAUCUGGACAAGCUCUUGGUGGACACAAAAGAUCUCAUGUAAUAAAUGGUCAAGCGGCAACAACCCUUGUCAAAAUUUCCAGAAAGUUAAAAGACAGUUUCAUAGAUCUUAAUCUUCCUGCUCCGACGGACGAAGAUGACGCUAGCCAAAUCGAACUUUCCGCGGUGUCUGAUGCCGAAUUUGCCAACCGCAUCAAGUGACCCACGGCUUUACAGCAAUGUUUAAUUGAUCCAAAUCCAAAGGUAAAGUUUAGGCUUUGUUAAGACCGUUUCUUCUACUCUAUUCUAACUGUAAUUCUUUCCUCUGGGUUGUCUUUAAAGUUGUGUUCGUAAGGAACUUGAUCAUUGAUUACAAUUCCCAGGGAAGACAAGAUUUUUAGACAUGCUUUUGUUCAUUUCUUGGUCACUGUUGG